AUGUUUCAUCCUCCCCCCAUUGUGGCUACAUGUCAAGGCUUUGUUCAUGCCUUUGACUCCAAGGACCUCCUUGACGUUUACCUCACUGAAGGUCCCUCCUCCCUCAUCUUUGCCUGCGAACAACAGCCGUGCCCAAAUCGCACGCCGCGAUUGAUCAACCAGGACUACGAGCAUUACAAGGCCAUCAGAAGGGUCCAACAUCCGCUUGGUCCCCACAGCAUCCAUGCAUCCCGCUCCGCAUCCUGGCACUCCCACACUGUCUCUCCCAGCUCUCACCUCCCUCAAACUGUCGCCAGUACAAGUCAAGGAGGAGGAGAUCCCGAUCUCCCUCCAGACCCUGCACAAGAACCAGAGUCUGACAAGAGUGCAAGUGAAGAAGAAGUCUCGAAGCCCGAGCCUACACUUCACGGUUGGGCUGCUGAUAGGCGCCAAGCCCCUCUGGGCCCCGAUACACCUCUUUUCGGCAGUCGCAUCCUGCCCAGCACUUCGACUCAGUCUCCCAACACUUUGAUUUCGCCUUCGACACUCUUCGACACCUUUGACGGUGCGCGCUUCGCUCCAAGCCACACCGACGUAGCCGGUCUUUCCCGAUUAGGUAUCGAACCUCGCGGCAUGCCUUCGAUGACGGCUACCGGUCCGAAGUGGCCAUAUGUUGCUCUUCAUCUCCGCAUUCAGCAUGACGUCACUCUACCGAUGGACUUGGUAGCCUGGAGUCUCCUUGACGGUGAUGCUCACAUGUGGGCUACCCCUUUCUUCGCUCAGCUCGUGUUGGUACAGAUCGGUACCCAGGGAGCUACAACCCCCUUUGCCAACGAGGCAGCUUUUGCCACUGCAUUCAAAGCAUGCUUUGGUAACCUCAACGAUAAGGCAGCAGCACAAGUGGAGCUCGCCAAGCUCUGUGCUGACAAGUCCCUGCAUGAGAAGUGCACUGCCGUGGAAUUCUCCGCACUGUUCAAGGGUCUGGCGGACCAAUCCGGGUAUGGUGACCAUGACAAGUACCUGAGCGGCAUCCCCUCCCGCGUCUACCGCAAAAUCGACUUGGAAACCUUCACCACGUGA